AUGACUAUAGUUGAUAUCACGGGUUUGGAAGAUAUACUUGAUAAUGCCGUUUAUGGUUAUCACUUAUCGGGCUAUUCAGACCUGUGGCCUGUUCGACGGACAACGAUGAUCGGACGACAUUGUCACAUAAAACAGUAUAUUGUAAUAAUUUUGCUAUUUGACUGCACGUGCAAUCCACUCGAAAUCUUGAAUUUACGCCGAAUCGGUUCGUUGAAUACUUCGUUACAGGUACCAUUGCAUUUCUGUCAACAGGAAAUAAACGACCAAAAAUUCAACAAUGAGUAUGUAUCUUUACCAUAAUCUUUUCAAUGUUGUCAUUGUGCCCAUGUAAAACUAAACUAUAAGUGGAAACAUUUUAUCAAAUUAGGUACACUCACCAAAUACGAAUCAAUAAGUAAUUUAAUAUGGAUGUCGUCAUCCAUAUGAAACCAUAAUUACAGAUAACAAACACAGCGUUGUAUAUUAUAAUUAUUUUUAAUUAUUUUAUUUUCUCUGAAAUAAUAAUUGUUCUAUUAUAUUUUCAGAAAUUACACUAUUCCAAUUAUGAUAAAACAUUUAUUAUUCAAUAAUGUUUAAUGUAAAUUUAUGUCGAUUUACAAUGUACUAAAUUUUGACUUAUUUUUUUUGUUCUAUCUAUACAAAUAUUUUGAACUGCUUGCUGCAUUGUGUACAUCGGAUUUACUAUAAAAGUAAAAUAUAUUCAAUUUACACAGGUAUUUCAUCGAUAAAUUAACCUAUUUCAAUAUUAUUUACUUUGUUAACUGUUUAAUUUCUUUAUUGUGAUGUGUACUAUGGAAAACUAAUAGCAACAUGAGCAGUUUGGUCAGUAAAUAAUAGCUAAAACUAAUAGGUACAUAACCAGUCUGUGUCUGUAAAUAUAUACUUAUUAAUAAACAAUAUUGUUUGUACCUAUUCCAUACUUUAAACAAAUUAUCUCAAUAUACUCUUGGAAAAUGUGGGUGUAUAAGGUAUAAAUUUAUAAAUACGACUAGAUAAAUUUUUUGCAUUUUAUAUACUGUGAUUUCAGGGAUGGUGUUGUAUUGUAAUGGGGUUUUCGGGAAAUGAAAGGAGUACUGAAAUACAUAUUUUCAGACAAAUUUGUAAAUUUUAACCCUUUUGGUUUGCACAUGCGCAAUAUAAAAUAAUUUUUUUUAAAACAAUUUUUGUGUACAAAGUUUUUUCUAAUUACAAAAUUGAUCAAGUUGGAGUAAGUUGAAAUUUGAGUUUAUGCAUAAUUUGUUUUUAACGGAAUUUUAACUCAUAACCAUUAAAAAUAAUAAAAUAAGUGUCAAAUAUGUGUUUAACCCAUUUAAACUUUAUGACAACAUAAAUAGAUCUAUUUUUAGAAGCACAUAUUGUACAUAUUGCAACUCAUCGUGGUGGAAAAAAUAUUAACCGGUUAUAAGUUAAAAUUUCGUUAAAAAUAAAUUAUUCAUAAACUCAAAUUUCGAUUUACCCCAACUUGGUCAAUUUCGUAAUUAGAAAAAAACUUUUUGUAUAAAAAUUGUUUAAAAAAAAAUACAUUACCUGAAUCUGUAGAAAACAAAUUGUGUUGUUAUUUAAAAAAAGUAAGUUAUAUUGCGCAUGUGCAAACCGAACGGGUUAAAGUUACAAGUUUAUCUUAAAAUAUGUAUUUCAGUAUUCCCGUUCAUUUCCCGAAAAUUCCAUUAUAAUACAACACCAUAUAGGCGAAAUAUUUAGUGGUACCCGCAAUCGUGAUUACACUGUAUAUUAUAUGAUAAAAAUUCUGUUUUGACUUAAAUUAAAUUGUUAAAUCGUUAAAUUGAUUUUAAAAUCUGUAAAAUUAAUUGAUCUUCUACAAAAGAUAAGUUAAAUUUAAUUUAUUUCAUAAAUAUUUACCUAUAAACACAUUUGUUUAUAACGGUCAGAUCAUAAAAAGUGAAAAUAAUCUUUCAGAUUUCUAUUUUCUGUUAAAAUUUAACCAUGGUUUUGUGUAUAUCUACUAAUCUAUUAAAAGAAAACAUUUAAUAAAAAGAAACUGAAGAAAAAUUUAAUUAAUGGGAGAAAAUAUAAAAAUACAAACACAAUUAUAAUAUGAAAACAACAAUUUUAUUUUACUAAGUGUAAGCAUUUAUGUUUUUUUGUUUCAGUUUUCAAAAUUUCUUUUCGAUAGAUGGUGUAUAA